AGCAGUUGCCGCCGCUGCCCAUUCCCGCUAGCUCGAUAUCCAAGAAGACUUCAAUAUGGUCAUGUACAAGCCAGGUCAGACUGUCCGCUACAAGCCCGUGGGAGGGCCUGACUCGCACACCUCGGAGAGUGUGGGCAAAGUCAAGGACGUUUUGACCGAGCCCGGUCACCAAGCCGGCCGCAAUGUCAAUGCCAGUCCAGAGAACCCGAGAUAUGAGAUCCAGAACUUGAACACUGGCAAGUCGACCACCAUUUACGAGGCCAACAUCCUGGGACCCGCGCAAUAG